AAAUUUCAUCAAAUAUACUCUCAAUUCAAUUUCUACAGGGGAACAGAAGGGAGACAGAAACCCAAAGGCAAGCAAAUUCCCCCCAACUGGCUUUUCGUUUGGAGAGUAACAGUAAAACAGUCCCACCAACAAAAUUCUGGUCUUGAAAGUUCAAAAAUUGAAAAAAAAAAAUUAUUACUAUUUUUCAAAAUAAAAAGGGUUAAUUUUAAUUUUUAAUAAAUAAAUAAUACCCUUCUUUUGGACUUGAUUAUGGAAUGCGGAGGGCAAGCAGAGGGGGAAAAAGAUCGAAGCUUUUGAUUCUCUCUUCUUGUGACUUAUCGGCGCCACUCAUGGCUGGACGAACAGCAUGGUUGGUGGAUGGUCAGAGAAUUGCAACGAAAAUUAAGAGUGCAUCUGGCACAUUGGAUCCCCAGAAAGUAGUAUGGAGAAGCAACCCAGCAAGAGCUUGCCCUAAUUGCCAGCACAUUAUCGACAAUAGUGAUGUAUCUCAAGAGUGGCCAGGAUUGCCUAGAGGAGUGAAAUUUGAUCCAACUGAACAAGAGAUUAUAUGGCAUUUAAUGUCAAAAGCAGGUGUGGAAAAUUUGGAGCCGCAUCCAUUUAUUGAUGAGUUCAUCCUCACUGUUGACAAGGAUGAUGGAAUCUGUUAUACACAUCCUCAGAAUUUACCAGGUGUUAAGCAAGAUGGAAGUGUAUCCCAUUUCUUCCACAGGGCAAUCAAAGCUUACAAUACUGGAACUCGAAAGCGCAGGAAGAUACAAGGGGAUGAUGCUGCUGAUGUCCGCUGGCACAAGACUGGCAAGACUAAACCAGUGAUGAUAGAUGGUGUUCAGAAAGGCUGCAAGAAGAUUAUGGUUCUCUAUGUAACAGUCAGAGGUGGAAAAGCUGAGAAGACAAAUUGGGUGAUGCACCAGUACCACCUAGGAACCGAAGAGGAAGAAAAAGACGGGGAAUAUGUCAUCUCUAAAAUAUCUUAUCAGCAGCAACAACCUAAGCAGGGUGAUAAAACAGAGCAAGAUUUACCUGAAAUCACUGACACAACCACAAAAGCAGAUCCAGUCACUCCCACGUCUGUGACUCCUAAGCCUCCACGCAGUGAAAGGCGACUUCCUGAUUUUGAAUUGGGCCAGGAUGAUGCUUUUAACCAUAUAGAUCCUUCUGCUCAGGAUGUAGUAUAUGAGACUCAACCUGAGCGUGAAAAUCCUCGCUGCAAUGAUCAAUCCAAUCCAGAAAAUCAUGAUAAUCAGAUUCCUGAUAAUAAUGACAAGGAUCAUGAAGAGGACAAUCCAAAAUGGUGGGAGGGGGAGUCACAGUGUUUGUUGGAUUCACAGCAACUUGUAGAAGCAUUAUCUCUUUGUGAUGACCUCCUACAGAGCCAGUCUCCAAAUAGGGAUAUAGAUGGAAAUGGAGCACCGAAGAACAAAUCCUGUUUUUCUGAUUAUGCUCAAUUAGGAGCAGAGCAUCUAAAGAAGGACCUCGAGGAGUGUCAAAAUCUGGAACUUGACCCAGCAAACAUAGAACUUGAUACACCACCAGAGUUCCGUCUGAGUCAGCUGGAAUUUGGAUCUCAAGACAGCUUUAUUGCUUGGGGUGGUGGCAAAGAAAUCGACUAAAUGUAUUCAUCUUGGAUCAGGAAGGAGAAAGAAUUAAAUAUUUUGACAAAACUUAUUAGUUAAAUUACCAUCCUUGGAUGAAAUAUGAACUGUAAAUCUUUUGCUGAACGGUUUGAACUGUCUGUAUUUAACAAGGGUGAAGAAACUGUAUACUCAAUGCCAUGGGGAGCUGCUCCAUGUGCUUAUAAUCUUUCUCCUAUU